AUGGAUAUAAUUAAAAUAGGUUCAAUAGUGAGUAUUUCUCAUUUAUAAGAUGAUGAUGCUCUAAUUGGUGGUGAUGGAUUUAUAAAAAAGUAUUAUAAAAUUCUUAAUUUAGUGCUGUCAUUCUGAAAGGUAUGUCACCUUAAAAUAAAUUGGACACAAAAGAUUUUAAUAUAAGCUAUUUUAGUCAAAUGAAGUAAUGAAUUAGUGUAUAAUAGCAUGCCAAAUUGUUUAUUUGUAAUUUGUCCAAGAACUUCAAAUGGAAAGAAAGUUGAAGUUGCAAAACUUUUUCCAUAGAAAAAGAAGAAACCUUUUGGAUCAACAAGUGAUGAUGUAACUGAUCAAAAAAGUGAAGUUACACCUGUAAGAUCAUAAGUAUUAUAUUGUUAUAUUGGGUAAAUAGAUAAAGUCUGCCACACAUUCAAUACAACCAUUAUUGAGUGAAAAGUAAGUAAGAGAUAAUCAAAUGAAUAUAUUUAAUGAAUUUAAAUUUAAUGUAGAUGGUUUUGAAAAAGAAAGAGGCAAUUAUGUUAAAUAUGAAGAGCCAAUCUAACUAUUACAUUUAGCUUCCUCGAAAUGGCUUUGUUCUUUAUUAGAUGAAGCAAAAUUUGAAAAUUAAAAUUUUAAACUUGCUUUCAGUGAUUAUACUAGUGAUGAGACAUUAUUCAAAAUAGUAGCUACAUACAAAUAUUAGAAAGAAGGAGAUUAGAUAGUAUAUUCUUAAGAAAUAGUCAGAAUUAUGCGUAUGAUUCCUUUUUUAGGAAAACCUACUUAUUUACAUUGUUCUGGUGAAAUUCCAUAGAAAGCAAUUAAAGAAUAUAGAGAAAGUAGUGAAGUAAAAAUUUAAAAGAGAGAAAUAAAUGCAUCAUUGGAAGAAUCAACAUCUUGGAAAAUUAAUUUAUUUUCUGAAGAAUUACCUAUAGAUGGAGAUUUGGUUUGGAUUCAUCAUUCAGAAACAUGUUCAUAAUUAGCAGUUGAUUAUGAGAGAGAUCUUAAUAGAGCUAAAAUAUCUGUAUUUUAAACAGAUUUAAGUGAAUUGUCAUUUGAUAAUUAUAGUGGUAAUGCAUAUUCAUUAUGGAUUAUUGAAGAUGAAAAUUAUAAAAAAGGAGGACCUUAUUUAUAUUCUUAAAAAUACAGAUUAAAGCAUUUUCAUACUGGAUUAUAUUUAGCUUGUGUUAGAGUUAUUCCUAAAGAUUAAGAAGAAGUUAAAAUAGAUCCAUAUGGUAAAAAAAAAGUUGUUAUUCCUAAGAGUAAAAAAGUGCCUGCCACUUUUGCUUUAUAGGUUUAACCAAAUAAAGAUGCUCUAUUUACAUUUGAACCAUUAAAAUCAGUUGAAAAAGUUGAAAUAUAAUCUGAUUUUAUUUAAAUUAGAAGUUUUGCUUAAGGAAAAUAUUUAGAUGUAAUUAGUAAAUUUCAUUAAGAUGGAAACACUUUAAGACCAAUAAUACUAAAUUAUAAAAAUGAACAUGCUGUUUUUAAAAUCUUUAGAGCAAAUAGAUAAGAAACAUAAGAAGUUUUAUUUUUAGAUUCAUGUACAAAAUAAUUGAGAAAAUACUAAUUUUAUAUCAAUUUGCCUUUUAAGUUUGAAUAAAAUUAAUUAUUUUAAUAAUUAUCUGAUGAUGUUGAACUAUUAAAAAUUAAGACUAAAAAAUUAGCUACUGCUUAAAGAUGUAUUUAAAAUCUAGAUGAUUUUCUAAGAUAAAAAAUAUAUAAUUCAAGUCCAUCUUAAAAAUAUGGAUUUAUAUCGCCAAAAAGAUAAAAAUUAUUAAAAGAUCAACAUUUCUUUGAUGUAUUAUUACAAAUUCUAACAACAACAGUCUCAAAAUAAGAAUUAGAGAUUUGGUCAAAUAAAAAAGGAACAUUGAAAGCAAUGGAAUAACCAUCAAUAACAGAGAAAAAUUAAAGAAAAUAAUUAUAAUCUAUAAGUGAAAAAGAUAAAUUAGAAUUAUCUAAUUCAAAAGUUGAAGUUUGUAAUAUGAUAUUUGUUUUACUAUAAACAAGUGUAAUAAAUAAUACAAAUAAUUAAAUCUACCUUUUUGAUCGUCUACCCGAUUAUUAACAUUAUUGUAAAUAUCUUCCAUAAACAAUAAAUUUUUUAAUUGAAAUGGUUAAAAGUAAUGAAAAAAUAUUAAUAAAUUUAUGUAAUAACUUAAAAAUUGAAUUUGAUUACAUAACUAAACAAGAGAUUGAAGAUGAUCUCAAAAGCAAAGUUAAAGUUUUAAUAAAUUUCUAUGAAAAAGAUGUUGGAAUAUAAAAGGAUGUUUCAAUACCUGUAAAAGUUCAUGAUCGUAUCAUUACUAGACCAGUUAAUAUAAUCUAAUAUUUUUUCAAUUUAUUUGUUGAUGACUCUGCAAAAAAUAAAGAGCAUUAUUUAAGAUUUUUAAGACACGUAUGUAGAUAUAAAAAUAAUGCUAUAAGUAUUAAUUAAGAGAAUUUGUUUAAAUUGUAUAAGAAAUUUAGCAAACAAACUAGAUUGUUAUAAAUUGAAACUAAUAAUGGAUGUAUAAUAGAUAAGGAAAUAUCUUUUUAGUAUGAACUAUUAUAAUUUUUUUCUGAAGUUUCAUAUGGAAGAAACUACCUUUGGCAGGCAGAAUUAAGUCCAUUAUUUGAGAAAGAGACUUUAAUAAAUUAGAUUUGGAAUCCUAUAUAAAGUGAGGGCAAUCAAAUAGAUGAUAAAUUAAGAUCAUAUUGGUGUAGAUUAAGUAGAACAUUAUAUAUAGAUUAAUAACCAUUCUAAUAUUUGAUUGUUCCAAAUUUUUGUAGAUUGUAUUCAGCUAAUUAGGACUUAUUGAAAAAUAGAAAUGAUGAAGAUAUUGAGAAAUAAUUUAAAUUAAAAAAGAUGUUUAAAUACAUAAAAACAAAAAGAAGUGAAGUCUAUAAUGCAAUAGCUAGUCUUGCAUCUAGUGAUUUAUUAAAUGAUGAAUUAAUAUUUAAUGCAGCUGAUUAAAUAUUGACAAUGUUAUAAUUAGACAUAAUGCCGAGUAAGUACUAUAAGAAAAUUAUUAAAUAUAUGGCAGAAAUGUUUAUUUAUGAUAGAAAGAAUCUUGAAUAUUUGAAUGCAGCAGUUAAAAGUUAUUAAUAAACUGUUGUUGAAAGAAAAAAUAAAAAAAGUAUUGUAAUGAAUUAAUUUGGAAAUGUUUUUAGUGGAAUGAAAGAUUUAAUUUAACUUAAAUAAGAAGACAAAGAAGAAAUUGUAGAGGAAGAAGAGGAAGAAGAAAUUAAUUUAUAUGAUUAACCAAAAUUAUUUUUAAAUCCUAUAAUGAGAGGAUUUAUGGCAUUAAGUAAUUAAUUAGAAGGAAUGAUUACUUUACCAAAAUCAUAAUAGGAAAUUGAAUUCAAAUUAAAAGUUUGUUCAAUUUUAGAUCAUUUCUUAGAUAGAAGAUAAAACUUCUUAAUUUCUAAUAUAUUGCUAUUCUUUUUAAAAUAUUAAUAUACCAAUGAUGAUUUAUCUGAUGAAGAGGAUGAUUAAACAUUAAAAGCUGCUCCUAAGAUAUUUAAUAAUAAUUAUAAAACAUUGAUUCCAACUAUUGCUAGAACUGGUAUUGAUGAAAUUGAUGAACCUGAAGAAACAACUUAAGAUUUUCUAUAAAUGGCAGUCAAAAAACCACCAACAUUUAUUAAUUAUUUUUAAUAAUAUAAUAUUAUAUCUGAAGAUUAAUUCUAAGAGUUAGAUUAUUAUUUAAGUUAAGCUUAAAAGUUUGAUAAUCGAGAAAGACUGAAUGAAGAUUAAUUAAAGGAAAAAUAAGUAGCAAGUUUAUUACCUUAUUUAAUGUCUACCUACUUUUUAGUUAAAGAUUAAGUAUUAGAAGAAAGAUGUCUUAAUGUUAUUAUGAGAGUUUUCAAUUAAAGAGAAGAACUAAGAGAAAAUAUGAAAAAAUUAUAGAUCUUAUUUGAUAAUGAUAACAUUGAAAUUUAUGAAUAUGUAGAAAAACACUAAAAAGAUUUAAGAGUAAUGGUUGAAAAAACAGAAAUUUGGUUAACUCAAUUUAAAGCUGGAAAUGAUGUUGAAGAACUUGAUAAAUGUUCACAUAUUAUAAGAUAAUUAAGUUUAUGUAUGAGAUAAGGUGUAUAAGCUAAUGAUUAAGAAUUAAUUGUAGAAGUUGUCAAUUAAGAAAUUUAUGAUUCUGAAAAAUAAUCAAUAAUGACCUUUUUAAAAAUACAUGAAAUAAUUGUUAAUCUAAUUUAAAAUGGAAUGGCUCAUUUUAUUUCUGUUUUAAAUGAUGAAUUUAUUAAUAAAUUAAGAAAAGAAUAGCUGUUAUAGUUAUUUUCAAAUUCUUUUAAAUUUUUAAUUUGUUAUUGCACAAAUAAUAAAGGAAAUCAAUUGAUACUCUAUCAAUAUUUAGAAAUUUAUUUACAAUAUAUUCAAUAUGAUGUUGGACAAUCCAAACUUUUAAUUGAAAUAUUCAAAGAUAAUCCAAGAUUACUUAAUACAGGAGUUAAACCUUUAGUAUAAAGAUUGACUGAAAUAAUAGAAAGAGAAGGAAGAUAGGUUAAAUUUAUAGACAUGUAAAUAUUAUUUAUAUAUAAUUUAGAUUAAUAAAUUUAAUUAGCAUUGGUGGAAAUUAUUUAUUAGAAAAUCAAAUAUUAAUUUUAAAUACUUUCUUACCUAUGAGAUAAUUAAAAGAGACUGAAUAAAGAUUAUUGUAUGCAGAAGGAAGUUAAUAAAAAGAUCUCCGUUUUUAUUUCGAUGAUUAAUUUUUAGAACCAGAAGAGAAUUUAAUAAAUUAAUUGGAAGCUAUUGAUUGGAAAGAUUGUUAUAGAGAUGAGCCCUUUUUAUAUCAUUCUAAAAUCUUAGAUUUAUUAUUGUAAACCUCUUUUGUUGAUAAUACUGCAAGGGAAUAUAAUCCAUCAGUCAUGCCUACAGAAAGUUUUAAUAUUAGUGUCUUUAAAUUAAAAAAAAUGAUAAAACCAAGUUAUCUUUUAGAAAUUUUAAGAUUAGAUGAUGAUAUGGUAUCAAUGAAACAUAGAUUAACUAGAAUGCCAACCUAAUUUAUUAAAAAUUAAGCUAGCCAAUAAUAAGAUGAGUAAUUUAAUAAAAAGAAAGGAUAUACUGCUUUAAAACCUAUUGUUUGUGAGUUCUUAAGAUUAGUACAUAUUGUUAGUGAAAAGAACAAUGCUUAAGAAGGAUUAUUUUCUUAAUAGAGUAGAUAAUUUAUACAUUUUGUUGAAUAUGAAACUAAAAAACUAGAAGUUGUUGUAGGUGGAACAGAUUAUUAAAAUUGUUAUAUAGAUUAUCUAAUUGGUUAAGUUAUUCCACUUAUAUUAUGUUAUCAUUAAAGAGUGUUAAGUGUUUAAUAAGAGGAUGUAAAAACUGCAUUGAUAGAAUUCUCUAAUUAAUUUGCUUAAGCUCUUUGUUCAAGUUUUUAUUAAAAGUUAACAAAAUACGAACAAUUUGAAAUAAUAUCAAAAUUGAGAGAAUAUUAUUAAAAUGAAUAUUAUGAGCCUGCAUAUAUGUAGGAAGGUGAAUAGUCAAUAUUACAUUUAUAACAUGUUUAAUAUUAAUUGGAAGAUGGAGAUAAUUUAAUGUAACCAGUUUAAGAAUAACAUGUAUAAUCAAUAUAAAAGAAAUCUUAAACAAAAUCUAAGAAUUUUAUGAGUUAACUAGCAUCAAUGAAUUUAUCAUUAAUUAAUAAAACAAGUAAACAUAAGAGAGGAGAUUUGACUCCAAUAAAAUUACAGGAAUAAUGGAAAAGAUUUGCAGAAGAGAUGUUCAAAUCUCCAAAAUUAGAGGAGGAGAUAGAUAUUGAGAAAGAAGCAUUAGCAGAUGCAUUAAUAGGAAUAGAUAAGUUAAUAAAAGAGCCUUGUGAUAUAAAACCAUCGUUGGAAUCAAUUUUAAAGAAAUUUAUCACAUUUCUUUAGACAGCUGUUUUACAACAGGAUAAUAAAGGGACAAUAGUAAUAUUAUUAAAGAUAAUGUCAAAGAUAAUAGAGAAAUAAGAUUCAGAUGAUAAGAAAGAACAUUAUUAGAAAUUAUUUGAUAAUUUGGGAGCAACAAGAAUGGUAUUAAAUGUAAUAACAGAUUAUUCAAAAUUAUUAAGUAAUGAGAUGCUGUUUUAUUUAAUAACAUUUAUAAAUGUACUAUUAAGAAAUGGUAAUACAUAAGUGUAAAAUACAAUAUAUACAUUUUGUCAGACUCAAUAGAAGAGUGAAGUGAUGUUUUAAACAUUUGCAAAGUAUUUAGAGAUAGCUGCAACAUCUGGGAGAGAUAUGAAUGAAGAUUAAGAAGAAGUAGAAAUAUAAAAGAAGAUAGUAAAUUGUAUAUUGAAAUUCUUUCAGAAUUGUACCGAAGGUCAUUAUUAAAAUAUGUAGAAUUACAUAAGAUAUUAAUAUAAUUCAAGAGCAUCAAAGGAUCUUAUAAAUUUAGUCGCAGAUUUAUUCAAGAAUUAUGAGAGAACUAAAUAGAAUUUUAGUAAUUUAAUGUGUUGUUUAGAUACAUUAAAUGAAUUAGUUUAAGGUCCUUGUCCAGAGAAUUAGAUAGCAGUAGCAGAUUCUAAAUUCUUUGAUGUAGUUUAAGAGAUGUUUCCUUUAAGAAAGAAUGCUGCAAUGUAAUAGAAAACGAUAAAGAUUGCAGCAACAAAAAGAAUUAGUGUAUUACCUUCUUAAUCUACUUCUAAUAUGUUAACAAGGGGAAUGAAAGCAUAACUGUAAAACAAAAUAUUGGUUUUGGUUUUAUCCUUAUUAGAGAAUAGAGAGAUUAGAGGAAAGAAUUCAAUUAUAAAAAGAAUUAUGAGAGUAUUGCCUAUAAAUGUUUUAGAAAGACAUUUAAGUAAAGUAUAUAAGAAAUGGGUUAAUAAAUAUUCUGGAGAUUAUAAUUUAACAGCAUUUGAUUUAUUAAAAAUUGAUCCAAUGGAAAUAGAUGAUGAUAGCUAAGAGUUUAAAGAUUGUGAAAUUAUCAUAUAGAAUGGUUUCUAUAUUAUGUUUUUGAUUUGCUAUUAUAUGGAAAGUGAUGAAGAGAUUGAUUCUGUAUUCAUUGGAUUUAAUAAGUAAUAUCUAAAAAGUUCGAUUUCAUAAAAUUCAUUAUUUGAUCCAAAUUCUACAUUAGGUUAAUUAUUCGCUUUAGGCAUGGAAUUAUUUGAAUUAUAUGAAAUAUCUUUGUUAAAGACAUAAUAAAUGUUAAAUGAAUUAAAUAAAGGAAAAUAAGAUGAUCCAGAAUUCUUGAUGGAAUAAAUGAAACGUAAAUAAGAAGAAAAAAAGAAGAGAUUAAAAAAAGCAUUUAUGUUUUUUAGAGCCAGAACAGCUCAUAUUGAAGUUGUUAGAGAAAAUUAAAUAGAAUUGGUGUUCUUUCCAUUACUACCAUUUAGUAAAUUAAAUAAAGAUGAAAAAUAGUCAUUUUAAUAAACAGUAGAUCGUUCUUCAGCAAAAUCAAAGGUUUAAGAUUUAAUGGAAAAGAGUGCAGAAUUAAUUUAAAUAAUGAGACAUGAAGAAGAGAUGAAUAGAUUCUAUAAAUAAUAUAAGAUUAUCGGAUUUUUUGCAAAUUAUAUUUAAUUAUGGAAGGAUUUAGCAUUUUAUUUGACAUUAAUCAUCAAUAUAAUGAUUAUAGGUUCAUUUGCACAUGAAUCAGAUCCAGAAAGACCAAAAGAAGAAGUAAGUAAUGAAGCAUUAGAUGAAUAUGUAUUCUUUAGAAAAGAUGAAUGGACACAAACAUAAACAAAAGAAUUAAUAAGUGCUUUAGGAUAUGCUAUGAUGAUAUGUUCAUUAUUUGUUGUAUUAUUUGUUUUAGCCAGAAUAGCUCCACUUAUUAUUAAAAAAGCUUUAUAAAGAAAACCUCUUUUAGAAGGAUAAGGAAUAAUAAAACUUUUAUUAAAUUGGUUAGCUAAGUUUUUCUUUGUACUUUUUUAUUGUUUACAAGAUUUUUAACUUGUUUAUUAUUUAGGAUAUGGAGCAUUAUCUGUAAUUGGAACAUUUGUUCAUCCUUUUUUCUUUUGUUUUCAUUUAACUGUCAUUCUUAUUAGAUAUCCAACUUUAAGUAAUGUAGUUAGAGCAGUAACUAUGCCAUGGUAAUAACUUGUACUUACUUUGUUACUUAUUAUUAUUAUUACUUAUAUAUUUACUUUAAUUGCUUUCUAUGCAUUACAAGAUCCUUUUGGAUUAGAUUGUAAAGAAGUAAGUAUUUGUUUCCUUUAAAUAUUUGAUAAGAAUUUUAAAGUUCCUGGUGGUAUUGGAGGUGAUAUUACUAAUAAUAAUCCAUCUCAUAUUUAUGAAAUCUUCAGAUAUAUUUAUGAUUAAAUUAAUAAUCUUUUAUUAGUUAUCAUUAUGGUAAGUAUUGCAUCAGGUAUUAUUAUUGAUACUUUUGGAUAAUUAAGAGAAGAUGAAAAUAAAAUGAAUAGUGAUAUUAAAGAUAAAUGUUUUAUUUGUGGAUAAGAAAAGUAAUUUAAUUAUUUAUAUUUUAUUAGUAUUAUUUUUGAAAGGAGUUCCGAUGGUUCAUCAGGUGGAUUCAAAAAUCAUAUUAGAUAAAAUCAUUAUAUGUGGAAUUACUUAUAUUGUAUUUUUAUUAUAUAAUUUAUAGAUAUUGCUUAUUUACAAUGGAAAGAUUCGUAAGAUUACUCUGGUAUUGAAUCAUAUGUUGAUAAAAAAAUUAAAGAUACUGAUUUAAGUUGGAUUCCUUUUGGAAGAGCUAGAGAAUUAGAUAAAGGAGAAGAUGAAUCAGAAAAAUAAGCUAAAUAAAUGGAACAAUCUUCAUAAAAUAUCACUUCCUUAUUGACUCAUUCCACUGAUAUAUUUUAAGCACUCAAAGAAAAGAAAGAUAAAAAAAGACAAUAAAACACUCAAUAACAAACUUAACCAACACAAUAUAAGGAGUAAAUUGUAUCACAAUAAUCAAUGGCUAUAUGAUGAA